CAGCACCUCAAAAGCUUCACGUACAAAAGCGAAAUAGAACAACAAUAUACGAAUUUAGCUCAAAAGUGUAUUCAACUAUUCUUUGAAGUACUUUUUCCGACUCUUAGAUGCCAGUCUGAGACAAUUGUCGAUCAAAGUGCACGCGGCUCAUCUAGUCUACGGAGUUUUAAAGAAAGUUUUAUAUUGGUUAACUCCUGUUAAAAAAAGUUUGAAGACGGAAAGAAAAGUCGUGUAUGCUGAAAUUGAACUAAAGUCAUUGUGACAAUGGAUAAGUUGAAGCGUGCUUUGGGCUCUCAGCCCGUAGAACAGACACAAAGUGAAGAAAACCUAUUCACGGAGAUGACGUCGUUAUCGUGGAGCACCCGGAUCAAAGGAUUUGGAAUUACAUUCAUUCUUGGCUUUGUGUUCUCUCUACUGGGCGUAGGAUUUUUGGCGAUCCCAAUCCAUGGCAUCAAACUGUUCUGCGUAUUUUACUCGCUUGGCAACCUAAUGGCAAUCUUCUCAACGCUCUUCCUUAUGGGACCUGCAAAUCAGUUGAAGAAAAUGUUUUCGGCAACACGAUGGAUCGCGUCAGUUAUGAUGAUAACCUUCCUGUUGCUCACGCUUGUGUCAGGCCUCGUCUGGCACAAAAAAUCUCGCACCGUAAUCUUCUGCCUGUGCCAAUUCGUAGCCAUGACGUGGUACGCUCUCAGCUACAUUCCAUAUGCAAGAGAAGCUGUGAAGAAAACCUUCGCCUCUUGCAUCGAUGUGUAAAUAAUUUAUAAUUUGUUUACCUAAAUAUAAUAAAGGUUUACAGGAAAUGUAUAACGUGCUUUUACGUAUGACGAUUUUAUUAAUAUUUAGCAAUUCACACGUUGAGCAGCAAUAGUGUUACAAAUCGAUAUAUGGAUUUUCGAUGUUUUUUUUUGACGAAACUAAUAAAUUCUGCUUCUCGAGUUCGCUAUGCAGUCGGCGAGGCAAACAGCAAUUGUAAAAACAAACGUCUUUAUUAAGACGGAUUAUAUGGUAUGAAUGCCCUUCUUGUUGCCAACAUGUACUAACAAACUUAUAGUGUGUCAACGUUUUCCGUAAUUUUACUACCUUUAUUUAGUAUCUCAUCAUCACCGCUUCAUAUCCGUGAUAGCAUUAAAGACUUUGCGCAUUCAAUUCUUCAUUUUAUAUGAUUUGGAAUCUCUCUCUCUAUCUCAUUAUAAGAACAAGUUUACAUGAAAAAUAAUUUUAAAUGUUUGCCACGAAUCCUCUAUGAGUAACCAUAAAUCUAAGAAAAUUAUCACACACUAACAUGACGUCAUCUUGAGGAAAGCGGCGAAACUCACGACCAACUUAUAUGACCAUAAUGUAAAUAACUUUAGUGUGGGAAUCAAGCUGUACACAUACUGUUUUUAUUAUUAUCGUUAGCUAU